UAAAAAUAUUAUAGAAUUCCCUUACUAGAAAUAUCUUCUAUCUUUGUUAUUAUAAUGUAUAUUAUCAAAGCCUAGAUUGCAAUAUCACCUAUUGCAUACACUACUUUUUCAACUUUUUGAUUUAGACGUAGCUAAAUCAAAAAGUUGAUUGUAUAUACACUAGUCACACAUAGCCCCCUAUACCCGAUACUUAUUUCAUACCGUCGAAACCCGUGACUUCGCCUGCUCUACCUAUCUUCGCCUAAUUUUUAGUAAGUUAGAUUUGCGAACAUAUUUUUAGUACAAAUUGUGCAAAAUACUACUAAAUACAAAGGAUUUUUUACGUAUGGCAAGAUUUUGCAAAUAAAUUGUGACUUACUUCACACUAUUGGCCACCAUUGCGUUUUUUCCGUGAAAUGGACGACACGUUUUUUUUUGCUGGUGUUUUAACUUCAGUUUUAGGCAGUAUUACAGAACAGAAUUACCGACAAUGCAAGCGAAGCAACGCAAUAGGCGGUCAUACACUACAAAACACUCACAGCAUAUGAUAGAUUUGGCAGUAGAUGCGUUACAAAAUAAAACAAUGUCCUCGUACGAUGCAGAGAAAAUUUUUGGCAUACCUCGUCGAACAUUAUUAGACAAACUGCACAAUAAACAUCCUAAGAGUCCAGGAUGUCCGACAAGGCUCAACGACCAAGAGGAAGCUAAUAUAAUUAAAGUUCUAUUAGCAGCGGCAGAAUUCGGCAGUCCUUUGACUCUUCUGGAUUUGCGAAUUGUCGUUCAUAGAUACUUAGAGGGCAAUGGCAGACUUACUAUUUUUGACAACAAAUUACCCGGCAAGAAGUGGGCAUACUCUUUUAUAAAAAGACAUAAAUCUAAAUUAGCAUACAGAGUGGUACAAAAUAUAAAACGAAGCCGUGCAGAAAAAUCUCCUGAUGAAAUGAAGGAAUACUUCACAAAUUUACAGUUAUCAUUGAAAGGUGUUCCUAGUGAUAACAUAUUAAAUUAUGACGAAACGAAUUUAACAGAUGAUCCAGGGUCCCAAAAGUGCUUAUUCAAAAGAGGAGUGAAGUACCCCGAAAGAGUAUUAAAUAGCACGAAAGGUGCUAUCUCUAUAAUGUUCGCAAUAACUGCUGGAGGAGAAUGUCUACCUCCUUACGUUGUAUACAAGGCGGAGCAUUUAUAUACAACAUGGACAUUAAACGGUCCUAAAGGUUCAAGAUACAACCGUUCUAAAUCGGGAUGGUUUGACAGUGUCUUGUUCGAAGAUUGGUUUGAAAGUAUUAUUCUACCAUGGGCUAAAAACAAAACCGGUACAAAAGUUUUGAUUGGGGAUAACUUAGCGUCCCACAUAAAUCCCAAAAUUGUGUCAUAUUGUGAAGGAAAUAAUAUACGUUUUGUAUUUUUACCUCCAAAUUCGUCACAUUUGACACAACCGUUGGACGUCUGUUAUUUCGGGCCAUUAAAAAAACUGUGGCGAGAAAUUUUACUAAAUUACAAAAUAAAGAAUCCAAGACAAACCACGGUUCACAAAGGACAUUUCCCAGAUCUUCUCAAAAAACUGGUGGUACAGCUUAACCUUUUGAACGCCACGGACGUUUAUAGACGUCUAACGAAAUCGUGCCAAACACGCCACCGACGUCUAUAGACGUCAAGAAAACGACAUUUUUUAAAUAUAAAAUAAAUAUACUAAAUUAAG